CGCUGCUAAAUUUGUUUCUCCAUCUUCAGCUAAUUGGUUAGACCUUGGAGUUUCUAUUUUCUGUUAGGCUUCACAUGUUAUCCCUUCUAGAGUUUGAGUUGUGUUUUCUGAAUCCAUAUUGUGUCCUAAGUCCUAACAAUGUGUCCACCUCAACUAUUUUCAUGUACUUUAAAGCCGUCCCAGGAGCAACAUUAAUACUCACCUUAUCACCACCUCCAGCAAGACAUGUCAUUGAUGCUGCAUUCAAUAGGCAAGUGCAUGGUAAACAAUUGGCUGGGCUCCACUCCUUUGCAAACAUUUCAGGGGAAACUCGGCCCGAGAACAAUAGGAUUCUGAGCGCUGUUGCAGAAGACAAUCUUAAACGACUGAUGUAUGAGAUUGCAUCAAGGAGUUCAAAACUGACUCCAUCCGGACUUCUGCUCUCUGUUCUUCAACAAGAUUCAGAAGUUCGUUUAGCUGCCUACAGAGUGAUUACCGGGCUAGUAGCUCGGCCAUGGUGUCUGAUGGAGGUUUGCUCGAAACAAGAUGUUAUUAACAAAGUGACUGAUCCAAGUACAGAGUCCACAAAAGGAGGCAUGGAAGCCAAGUAUAAAUGCUGCAAGGCAAUCUACGAAGCUUUCUCGGUCAGAUACAGCAGCAACCCUGCGUUUUCUGGAAUAGCUGCCAAGUUGCAAGAAGCUGUUGAUAGGGGCCCGUACCUCACACGCAAGAACCGCGAAUCCCAACCCGCCGUAAUGACUGCAGAUCGACUCUGAUCUUCCGUUGAAGCUGCCAGUGACUUGCGUGUUUGUUCCGACGGUAGAAAUCUCUAACGUAAUAGGUUGUAGAAACGUAGGGGAGAUGGCAAGAGUUGGAUGAUGAAGUGUUAGUAGAAAUGUUUGUUGUUUGCAUGAAUGAUUCUUUGUGGUGGUCUUUAAGCUUCCGUAAACUGCUCUUUUCAAGCGAGUUACAACUUACAACUUACUUUGGCUGAUCAUCAUAUAUGUGACCGAGCUAUCCGGGCCGGUCUCGACUUACCUGGGCUGAUAAAGGGCUCCGGGAGUUGUCUGAGGUGGGAAGUUGGGCCUAUAUUGUUAAUUUCAUUUUUCUAUGUGCAGUUUCCUACGUAAUUCUAGAAUACUAACAUUUUCUACAACACAACUUGAAAAUCAAAUUUAAUUGAUAUA